AUGGCUUUACGAGAACUACCGUCGACUUUAUGUCGAUUCUCGAGGAGGGAAAUAAGAUCAUCACCAAUAUCGAUAGGGAGGAAUUGUCGCAGAUAUGCAUCUGGUGAAGCUGUUGCCGCAAGAGAGAGUCCAGAAGAUUUCCAGGACCUCGAAUCGCAGUCUUCAUUUGCUUCCACAUCGGUGCCAAAUGAAGUAAUUGAGACUUAUGACCCUGUAAAGAGGGCACAAGGGCGGAAGAGAGAACUUCCUUCCAGUCGAUACCAAUUUCGAUCACCGAGAUACUAUCGAGGUCCCCUCCAUCCUCAUCAACCUCCACCAAAAUCAGAUCCUUCCUCUCGAGAAUUCGUUCCCGGUCCAUUCGGUCCCAAUCGUCUCGAACAAACCUAUAAAUCAACCAUCUCGCACGACAUUAUGACCAUGGCAUACGUUCAUAAACCACCUGGAACCGUCACAAUUCCUAAAGCCGAUCGUUUAAGAACAUGGGACGAUUCAUCACCAUAUCAUAAAGGUAGACCAAAGAGAGGUCCUCGUGGUGGAGAUGUUUUACGUCUCAUCGAACAAGAUAUUACUUGGCGCAACAUUCCUAAGAUCGAAGAGGUUACUGUUCAUUCGAUGGUUAAGGGUGCACUUGGAGAUUCCGCAUACAUGCAUGUCGCUGGUAUUUUACUACAAUCAAUUACCGGUGUGAGACCAGAAAUUCACAAAUCAACACACAACGUCGCACAAUUCGGUAUUCGAAAGGGCAUGCCAGUUUCUCUAACUUGUACUAUGAGAAAUAACGAUGCAUUGGAGUUCCUUGAUAAGUGUAUCAAUGUGGUAUUCCCAAAAAUUAAGGAUUGGCAAGGUGUAAAGGGCUCAACUGGAGAUGGAAGUGGAAACUUGUCAUUUGGUUUCAAUAGAGAAGGAACUAUUUUGUUCCCGGAAGUUCAGGUCAACUACGAUAUGUAUCCCCCUAGGUUAAUUCCUGGAUUCCACGUUACAGUCAAAACCACCGCAACAUCCGAUCGUCAUGCCAGACUUUUGCUUAGCGCUAUGGGUGUUCCUUUCUACGGAAAGUUAGUUGAUUAA